UAUCCCCUUCUUCCUCCCCCAAAUUCCACCGCCGACGCAGCCAAUGCGUCCACGGAGAACCUAGCCGCGCAUCGCCAUGCCGCCGCCCCACCCCUCCACCCUCUUCCUCCUCCCCCUCCUCCUCCUCGCCGUCCACCUCCCGCCCGCCGCGGCCGCCGCCGCCGACAGCCGCCACGCGUCCACCGCCGCCACCUCCUCCUACCGCCGCAUCUCGUGGGCGAGCAACCUCACGCUCCUGGGCUCCGCCUCGAUCCUCCCGGGCGCGUUCGCCGUCGCGCUCACCACCAACUCCAGCGACGGCAUCGGCGCCGGCCGCGCCCUCUUCUCGGAGCCCGUGCGCUUCCUCCUCCCGCGCCCCGACCCGGGCGCCGCCCCGGCGCAGGCCUCCUUCUCCACCCGCUUCACCUUCCGCAUCACCCCGUCGCCCUCCUACGGCGACGGGAUCGCGUUCGUCCUCACCUCCUCGCGCACCUUCCUCGGGCCCUCCAACGGGUUCCUCGGCCUCUUCCCCUCCGCCUCCGCCUCCGACGACGACGGUGAGCCCGCCGACGUGCACACCGUCGCCGUCGAGCUCGACACGCACCGCGACGUGGCGCUGCGCGACCCCGAUGGCAACCACGUCGCGCUCGACGCGGGCUCCAUCUUCUCCGUCGCGUCCGCGAGCCCGGGCGUCGACCUCAAGGCCGGCGUGCCCAUCACCGCCUGGAUCGAGUACCGCGCGCCGCGCCGCCGCCUCCGCGCUUGGCUCUCCUACUCGUCGUCCCGCAAACCCGACAAGGCCGCGCUCUCCGUCGACGUCGACCUCUCCGGUCUCCUCCUCACGUACAUGUACGCCGGCUUCUCGGCGUCCAAUGGCGAAGGGGCCGCGCUUCACGUCGUCGAGAGCUGGGCCUUUCGCACCUUCGGCUUCCCCAACACCUCGCACGCCUCGGCUUCCCCAAUUCCUUCGCCACCGCCCAAGGACCAGGCGUCGCUCAAGAGCCCACUGCCGCUUCCAAAAGAUCACCACCACCACCAUAACCUAUUCUACACGGUGAUGGGCGGAGCUCUCGGUGGUGUGGUCUUGCUGGUUCUUGUGGUCAUCAGCUCUAUUCUAUUGAUUCGCCAUUCAAAGCGCCGCACAAGUGAAAAACCUGCUGUGCUGUUCGACGACAAGAACUUCCGUGGGAUGCUGUCCAUGGAGGUGGUACGCGCAGCAACAAAGGACUUCGGCAGUGAAAAUGUGAUCGGCAUUGGUGGCUCUGGCGCGGUUGUGUUUGAGGGGGUUCUCCCUUCUGGGUCAAGGGUUGCUGUCAAACGGUUCCAAGCUAUGUGGCCGUGCUCAAAGGCGUUUCUGAGUGAGCUUCGUGCCAUGCUUGAUUGCCCACACCACCCCAAUCUUGUGCCACUCUUGGGAUGGUGCUCCAGUGAGCAUGACCUGGUUCUUGUUUACGAGUUCAUGCCCAAUGGUAAUCUUGACAGUGCACUGCACACAAAGGGUGGAGCAAUACUUCCUUGGGAGGCACGGUUUGGGGCGGUGCUUGGUGUUGCAUCAGCACUUACAUUUCUGCAUGAUGAAUGUGAGCACCGCAUUCUUCAUCGUGAUGUCAAGUCAUCAAAUGUGCUGCUCGAUGCAGACUUCAAUGCUCGGUUAGGAGAUUUUGGUCUUGCUCGCGUGGUGAGCCAUGGCGGGGUGCCUUUGGCAACACAGCCAGCAGGCACACUGGGAUACCUCGCACCAGAGUAUGUGCAUUCAGGUGUGGCAUCAGAGCGCUCGGAUGUUUACAGCUUCGGGGUGCUUGCUUUGGAGGUGGCCACUGGCCGGAGACCAACGGAGAAGGGAACCGCAGUUGUUGACUGGGUGUGGAGUCUCUGGGGUCGUCGGAGGCUGGUUGAUGCAGCAGACCAGCAGCUUCAGGGACGUUUUGUCGCAGAGGAGAUGCGGCGGGUGCUGCUUGUGGGCCUCUGCUGUGUGCAUCCGGACUGUAGGAAGCGGCCUGGUAUGCGAAGGGUGGUCAGGAUGCUUGAUGGUAGUGCACCCAUGACACUAGUGCCAGAUAAGAAGCCACCAGUUGUACUGAAGUCACCACUAAAUCAAACAUCGUCAGUGAACACCAUGGAUACUAUGAAUACUGCAUUUUACAGCUGUCGCUAGACAUAUAUACAAGGUACCAUGCUUAAACAAGUCUGUCACACGUGAACCCAUGUCGCCAUUGCUACACCAUGUGAUGAGAGAUCAAGACGAUCCAUUGUUGUCGCCUCAAAGCUUCAAAGGUGGGACGUGACCUGUACAAGGUGAACCGGACAGUUCCUGGUGUUGCCGGACAUUCUCUCCGUUUGGACUUAAGAAAGGUGACUCGUGCAGCGGCGGCCGCGGCGCCGUGUCUUUGGACCGCUGUCUAGUGGCCUGGAAUGGCGGCGGUGCAACGGAUCAAGCCCGCCAUGGCAACUGCGAGCUUUCAAUGUGAUCCAUGUUUGGGACGUCAGAGCCGAUUCCUGAUGUAUUCCCCGUGGAGUCGCGGGAUUUCAUGAGCAUCGCCAAUACCCAGCUGGGCCGCGGCAGCGAGGGCACACAUCUGUGCGGGACGCCUGCUUAGGUUUGCUCAGAAGCCACCAGCGGCUGGACCAUUAGCGGCUGUCCCCCGUGGAUGAGUUUGCCGAAGCGCGGCAAGGUGGACCAUACAUGUAAUGAAGGGCCCCAAAUCUUCCAGUCGGAUGGAGUCAGGGGCUUCUCUUAGUAUCAUCGAAGCUGAAAUUUGCAACGCUGCUGAGCUUGGAAGCGGUGGGCAAAGUGGUGGAUUCCCCCCUGAAGCCGGUGUGUUCCAAGUUUGCACUGAAGCUACUAGUGGAUGGACCAUGUAUUUUUGUCAAAUUCUUAACGAUGUCUCUGUAGUUCUUUGUGAUUUACUACAACAAUGGCUCCUAUACUAUUUAGUCGCUGAAAAUUCCAUUGUUAUCAAGAGCUUCCUUUUAUUCUUAGUAAUUCAUACGGCACAGUUCUGUCUAUGAAGCUGUCCUAUUGACAACUGUUGCUGUUUCAUAUGAUACUCUCUUGACAGCAGGAACCUGAUUCAUGUAUGAUUUUGAAAUGGUCAA